GCUUGGAAGAAAUUGGGAGCUGGACCUGCAGGUUGAACACCUUCUCAAUCGCAGUCCGCAGUCCCAAGAGAGGAACGGGCUCGGGAGAGAUGCCGUCGAUUGUCGAAGAGAUGGGACCGGAUGGGAACGGCGGUCCCUCCUCGAUGCUGUACCUGCCAUCCAAGGUAGCGUCGACGUCGUCUGUGCCCAUGGGAACGUCCAUCGUCCAACCUGGGACCUUGCAGAUUCGCCAGACUGCAUCUGCGGGGCGAGGCGUCUUUGCCGCCACGCCACUCAAGGCAGGCACGGUCGUGGAGGUCAGCCAUGUGCUGCUGUUUGACGCCAAGGAGUACGAGGAGCAUGGGCAGCACACGCUCCUGCACGAGUACACGUACGUCUGGAGCAGGAGCAGUGGCAAGGGUAGUACGAUGGCGCUUGCGCUUGGAAUCGGCUCUCUGUUCAACCACUCGCCAAAUUCGCCAAAUGUGUCGUACAGUCUGGAUAAGCCGAGCGAGACGAUUCGCUACACACUCGCUCGGAAUGUGGACGCAGGCGAGGAACUCUGCAUCAGCUAUGGGUCAGGGAAGAUGUGGUGGGAGACAGCAGAAGAGGCGGAGCCACAGGCGAUCGCGGGGGCUGUCAAUGGAGAAGAGGAAGAGCUCCUCAAUCUCGCGGGUUUCGAAGCAGAAGGGAGUGAAAAGGAAGUAGUCAAUGAGGUGGAGCCUUCAGUGGGUGGUAACAGAGACAGUAUCGACUUCAAAGAUAAAGAAAGGCGUAGGGGCGGGCAUCAGUCCGGAGACUGCGACGAGAGGACCGGCAAUGUCGUGCUGCCAAACGGGAACAUGGAAAAGAUGCUCAUCAAGCCUCCUGAUCCCGUCGGACCUGAUGCCGCGCCGCUCUGGCGCAUCACUGCUGCUAUCGACCCCAACACCAUGCCCCUGGAACUGAUGGACGUCUGGAUCCUCAAGAUCGCACCGCGCAAGUCUGAAGCCUUCCUCGAAGUGGUUCGUCAAAGAAAGAGAGCUGCAGCUGCCGCAGAGGAAGCGCGAGAGCAGCCUGAAAUCGCAAGCGACCAGGCCGACGAUGAGGCCGACGGAGAGGGAGUUCGCAAGCCAAGGGGAAAGCGCAGGCAGGGCGUAGACGAUGACACUUACGGGACCAUGCGCCAUCUGCGCACUUUCCAUCGCAUCACAAACUCUCGGACAGGCAAGGUCGAGCUAUGUGCCCUCAUCGGGCAGGUCGAUGACUGGUCCCACGAAGAGAUCAUGACACUCUUUGGCGAUGCUCAGCUUGGAGACGAUGGCCAACGGGUUGAGCCAUACGUCGAGCAGGUCCCUAGAUAUCCAGCCCCAAGCCGCGAGAGAUUGGAAGAGUGGAAGGCACACUGGCCUGUGUCUGUCAAGCUCGGUAUCGCUCGGCCUUCUGAGCUCCCAGAGAUACCGUCAUAUGAUCCCACCGCGACACCGGCUUCUCCGACAAUCAUGGGCCCUGAGCCUAACAUGGUUGUCGAUCGGGCCGGCGACGCACGAUCCUGGACUCCUGAUGCGACGGAAUGGGCGAGGCGAAAUUUCGUCAAGUGCAUCGACAAUGCGCGAAGGGCAAAGGCCAACGGCGAGCUUGCGAUUGGGGCUCAUGUCUGCCCAGCCUACUCGCGAACGGGAUCCAGCGAAAGCCCAGAUGCCAUCAUUGUUGAUUCGUACGACACAAGGAAGAGCUUGCGCAACCCUCUCAAGCACGCCGUCAAGAAUGCCAUUACAAGUGUGGCCAGCAUUCGGAUCGCGCGAGAUGCUGAUCGCCUGCCAACGGUCAAUGCCAAGGUGGCUUUGCUUCAACGCAAUGCAGACAUCAACCACAGGCCCUCGUCGUCCUCGUCGACGUCAUCGUCAGCCUCGUCGGUUCCCCUUUCGUGCCACCCGAGCUUCCAGGGUCUGACGGGAUCAACACCUCGCACCUCCUCACCUGCUCCACCUGGUCGAUCAUCGGUCUGCACGAUGUCUUCGUCGCCUCAAAAGUCCACCGAUACGGCGUCGCUGAACGCCAAGCAGGACAAAGAACGGCUUGCCAACGGCCAGGAGUACCUCCUCAACAAUCUUGCCCUCUUCACCACGCACGAGCCCUGCCUCAUGUGUUGCAUGGCCCUCGUUCAUUCCCGUGUCAAGGCCGUCUACUUUCUUCUACCGUCGCCUCGCGCCGGAGGCUGCUGCGGGGCUCAUUUGCCAGAGGGAAAGAGGUGCUUGCAUGCAGAAGACGGUGGGCCGUACGCCGUGCAGGAGCAAGCAGGGCUCAAUCACCACUUUGAUGUUUGGAAGUGGGUGGGCGCCGACGAGGCAUUUGCUGGCAAGCCGGGCGAGGAGGCGCAAGAGGACUGGAAAACGCUGCUCGACAUCAAUGGCCUGGACCCUUAGAGUAGCAGCAGCAGCAGCACACCCUGCCCUCUAAUGAACACCGCGUGUGCUUCGGACUGGAGUCUAUCAUUCUAGCUGCUGGCGUCUCCAUGCUAGCAAGAUUAUACAAUGUACUGUACAAGACC